GAAAUGUUAAACUUGAGUUGCCUGCGAGGCAUCCAGGGCGCCAGGAGGUGUGGCCGGGUCUCUGGGACUCCAGGGGCAGAUCUUUCCGGUAGGUUCGUGGUGGCAUCGCUUUUGAAGCAUCAGGCCCCGCCGCCCAGCAAGGAGGAAGCGCCCUGCAGACGCAGCCGACAGGCCCUGCAGAAGCCACAGGCCCCGGAGGAAGUGAGCAGCUGGGCCCUGCCUCCGGGCCAGCCCCUGCAGCCCCCCGUUGACCCAGGGAACCGGGAACCCGCUUUCGGUUGGAACCCGGGGACCACCCCUGGAGCUACGUGGCCUUCGUCUCCUUACGUGGAGGAAGCAGGAGGGCAGAACGGUCCCCCAGUGUCCCCAGUCUGGCUGCUAGUGUGACGGGGUGGCCCCAGCCCUGUGAAUGCCUCCAUCUCACCACGGCUCUGCGCCCUGCUCCAGCGAGACCUCCCUGGGGCUGAAGCUGAACACCAACUUCCGCUGCACGACACCCCUGCCCCAGAUGUCUGUUUGGGGUUGGGAACACUGGGGAAGACCAGGGGCAGAAGAGAGAGAGGGAGGGAGGGCAGAGCCGCCAGCCAAGCAGGGGAGGAAGUGAGCCGCGGGGAACAGGAAGGAGGCCGGGCUGGUUCUGAAUCUCCCAGCCCAGGCCUGGGGCGAGCCCGGCACCCUGCCCGUAAUGAGGAUGCUGGCCCUUCCCAGCGAGCAUGUGCCCAGUGCUUCAUGGGCAUGAGCCCUGAGACCCCCAAACCACCCCUAGAGGUUGGGGAUGAUAGUCCCAUUGUAGAGAGCCGUGUUCAGAAUCAGGGGCCAGGCAGGGCCAGGCCACCCUGAGAGCCAAGCCUGCACAGAGUGGGGACGAGUCUGGGUGACGUUGUCACACCAGCUCCGCUCCGCUCACUGCAAGGCUGGCGGUGCUGCUCUGUGCCCAUCUGUCUCGGUCUCAGGGGCCCAGAGGAGACUGUCCUGUUGCCCCCUGCAGGAGCUCAAGAUCUGUAGGUGUCACCAUCAGUGUGUUCCACCCUACCAGCCCCACAGGCCCGCCACGCAGGCCCAGCCCGGACUUCCCCCUAGAGCGUAGCCUGAAGGGCCGGCAAGGGAGAAAUGGAGCCGGAGUCUCUGUACAACCUACUGCAGCUCCCGAAGGUGGUGGACCCGCUGGUGGAGGAGGAGCUCCAACAAGGACAAAAGAAGAAGUACCUGCCGCCCACCUCCCGGAAGGAUCCCAAGUUUGAAGAGCUGCAGAGGGUGCUGAUGGAGUGGAUCAACACCGAGCUCCUCCCGGAGCACAUCGUGGUCCGCAGCCUGGAGGAGGACAUGUUCGACGGGCUCAUCCUGCACCACCUCUUCCAGAAGCUGGCCGGGCUCAAGCUGGAGGUGGAGGAGAUCGCCUUGACAGAGGCGAGCCAGAGGCGCAAGCUCGCGCUGGUCCUGGAGGCCGCCAACCGGAGUCUGCAGGUGGAGGAGCCGCAGGCCAAGUGGAGCACGGAGGCCAUCUUCAGCAAGGACCUGAUGGCCACCUUGCAUCUCCUCGUUGCCCUGGCCAAGCGCUUCCAGCCCGACCUGCCCCUCCCGGCCAGCGUCCAGGUGGAGGUGAUCACCAUGGAGAGCACCAAGAGUGGCCUGAAGUCGGAGAAGUCAGUGGAACAACUCACUGAGUGCAGCACAGACAAGGACCAGUCUCAGAAGGACGUCUUUGAUGAAUUAUUUAAGCUGGCUCCGGAGAAGGUGAACGCUGUGAAAGAGGCCAUCGUGAACUUCGUCAACCAGAAGCUGGACCGCCUGGGCCUGUCCGUGCAGAAUCUGGACACCCAGUUUGCAGAUGGAGUCAUCUUACUCCUGCUGAUUGGACAACUGGGAGGCUUCUUCCUGCACUUGAAGGAAUUCUACCUCACUCCCAACUCUCCUGCGGAAAUGCUGCACAACGUGACCCUGGCCCUGGAGCUGCUGAAGGACGAAGGCCUGCUCAACUACCCCGUCAGCCCCGAAGACAUUGUGAAUAAGGAUGCCAAGAGCACGCUGCGGGUCCUCUACAGCCUGUUUUGCAAACACAAGCUGGAAGCAGGCACAGACGGGACGCCCCGUGGAUCCCCGAAUUAACCGUCACUGCCCCAAAAGCAGCUUCUCAGAGCCUGCCUGCGGGUCCAGCUGGAGGGCCUGAGGGCCGCAGAGGGAUGUCCACCACGGUCCA